ACGGAAAGUUGAAGAGGGUAUAUUGUUAUCCUUUGCGCACACUUUCAACAGUUCGCCUGGAGGAGCGGUCACUUGACGAAUUUUCCCCAAACUUUCAUGAGUUGGUCAUAUGAUAUUGGAGACGUCCCAGACAGAGAUUUUGUAACAUUUCUACAUAUAUUGCAUGUAGCCAAAGCCUUGGUACCAGACAGAGAAGAUGAUCUCUACCAUCUACAGCAACCUGCCACAGAACCACUCCGUUUUCUCCUCUGGGUAUUCCAAUGACAGCUGUCGUUUCAAUGAGGAGUUUAAGUACAUCCUGCUGCCUUUGUCCUAUGGCCUGGUAUGUGUCCUGGGAUUAGUGCUCAACUCUGUCGCUCUGUGGAUGUUUAUCACCAAGAUGCGUCCGUGGAACACCAGCACAGUCUUCAUGUUCCACCUGGCGCUGUCGGACUUCCUGUACGUUUUGUCGCUGCCGACGCUCAUCUACUACUAUGGAAACCGCAGCCACUGGCCCUUCGGUGUGGCCGCCUGCAAGAUAGUCCGCUUCCUGUUCUACGCCAACCUCUACUGCAGCAUCCUCUUCCUCACCUGCAUCAGCGUCCACCGCUACCUGGGUAUCUGCCACCCCAUUAAGGCUCUCACCCUGGUGAAGUCACACCACGCCCACCUGGUGUGUGGCCUUGUCUGGGCAGCGGUGACUGUGUGCCUGGUGCCCAACCUGAUCUUCGUUACUACCACUACCCGGGACAACGACAUGCUGUGCCAUGACACCACUCACCCGGAGGCCUUCGAAGAGUACGUUCACUACAGUUCCAUUGUCAUGGUGCUGCUGUUUGCCAUUCCCUUCCUGGUUAUUAUGGUAUGUUACUGCCAGAUGGCUCGAGCUCUCUGUCGGCCCAGACGAGGCUUGUCCCCCAGCCAGCAGGGGGCCUCGCGGCAGAAAUCCAUCAAGUUGAUCAUAGUGGUUCUGGUGGUGUUCGCUGUGUGCUUUGUACCGUUCCACAUCACACGCACCCUGUACUACACCUCUCGCCUGCUGGAUGUGAAGUGCGAAAGCCUCAACAUCAUCAACUUUGCCUAUAAGAUCACCCGGCCGCUGGCCAGCGUGAACAGCUGUAUAGACCCCAUUCUGUAUUUCCUGGCUGGGGAUCAUUAUCGAUCAAAGCUAAUGAAAGCUCUGACGAAGAGAAGUCAGGCCACAGUCAGUCGUUCGGCCGCAUACAUGCAAACCCGGCCCAAAGGCAAUCCUGACAUCGCCCUGGCUUUCAAAAACCCAGAUCUUGACAGGUGUGAACCGGAGACAUAGAAGUAUGGGAACUCAUGUAGCCACCUAUGGGACAUCAUCCUGAUAUCUUUAACUUAUAGAUAUCAAUUAUAUGAAGGGUUUGUGCUUCUAUUCCUGAUUGUAUAAAACUGCCUGUGUUUAGGUAGCCCUCUUUUUGCAUAAGAAGGCACCAGUCACCAGGCUGAUACAGAGGUCAAAUUCCUGCGUAAAGGAGAUCUGGGCAGUGUACCCUUAAAGACCUUACAUGAAGGAGCUGAUUUCAGGGUUGAAGGGUUAGAGGCCCACUCUAUCGUCACUGCAGUAGACAGUGAAUAUACAUAAUGACCACAUGUACACGCUCUUCUGUUCUGUCACCAAGCCAAAGACCUGUAGCUCUUAGACAGAGUUACUUCUGUUUUUCAUCUUACUCCUUCCUGUUGCGGCUGCUGUGUUAGUAGGACCAAGUUCAGAUCUUUUCAUCCAGGAAACAAAACAGUCUUUUUCCCCCCUCAGAGACAGAAUACACCUCCCAGUAUUACCACAGAAGAAUGUCGGUACAAAGCCUAUUAUGUGGUCCAGUACACGGCUCAGUAGGAAGGACAGAAAUAUAGCCUAUAUCAGCUUCUAUUGGAUUGCCACUCUGUGAGAGGUGCACUAAAAUUACAUGACUUAUGACAAAAAGAAAUUAUGUUGAAUGUAUUAAAAUACUACUGUGGAAUGGUUUGGCCUGAAUUAAUAAUCAACAGAGGAGUUUAGCCAGUGACUCGGACAGUGAGGCACUGUGUUUUCUGAGCACAGAGACCCAGAAGCUGUUGCAGGUUCAGCCUGUCAGAGUGACCGCUCCAGCUGUUUCUGUUACUGAGAUGUCCUGAGAAGCUCCACAGCUGUUUCUCUCUGCAGGGAGAGAAGCUGAGUACAUCAGUGGCUGGCUGGCUGUCCGUCUGUCUGUCUGUCUGUCUGUCUGUCUGGGGUUGUGUACAGGCUGGAUGGCGUCUCCAUCCUAGAAGCCCACGCCUUGACAGGGGACAGAAGAGGUGGGGGUUUUCCUUCUGCUCCCUUAGCGAUUAAGCGAUAGCCUGUUUCCUCAUCACUUUGGGGGUAGUUUCCAAAAAGUAUUUCAACAUGUGACUGGCUGACUAGUCCUUUUGUUUUUUUGUGAGACCUGAUUGUUAGAUUUGCUCUGACUAUUGUUAUAACCGUGGAGUGUAAAUGUGGUCUAAAUCAGUUAUUUUAUCAAAUAUGUUUAUGGUUGACAUGUUAGCAAAGAUCCUUAAACUACAGUAAGUUCAAUCUAUGCCAGGAUCACACAUGUCUAAAUCUGUUUUAUAAUGUUUUUAUAAAUGUAACAAUGUCAUUAAAUAUACAAUCCAUGGUUGUUCUUUGGAAAUUUAUUUGUGUCAAUAACUAUAAUUGAUUUACCUAUUUUUCAUUGAUCUGUGAAAUCUUUAUUGCAUCAUUGCAUAAACAUUGAAUCCCAUCCAGUUUCAAUGCAGCCUCGAUGAGUGAUAAAGGGAGUCUAUGGGAAACUGGAUGACGUGUAUCAAAAAUGCGGUGCCAAAGGCGUAGGUCCUCCAUCAAUUAGAUGGAGAGACCUGAGGAAGUCAGAGCAAAGGGGCGUCUCCGCUCUCAAGGACAGAAGACUCAACGCAGACUGGAGAUGAGGGAUUUCAAGGACGCAUGGACUACAAUUUAAUCUGAGAGGCUGUAAGCGGAGAGGAGGAGUGUCAUAAGGAGGGGAGAAGUUCAUUAUCCCGCUGAAAAGGAAACCGAUGGCUUUCAUGGUCACCAUGGUUACCAGCCUUUCUUUCACCUUCAGACCUAUGAUAAGCUGGCGCACCUGCAACCCUUGAGUCUGGGUAUUAGAGCUGAAGGAUUGGGGUCUGCUGAGGGUCGGAGGAGGAGGAGGAGAGGGGUUGAACUGUUGCCGCGGGGACAACACAAAAGCACCAAGAUCUGACUGUUUUGGUUUGAUUUGGUGCUGGGUAAUAUCACAGUGUGUGUGGUAGAUGUAAUACAGUUUGACAGAGAGGGAGAGGGUUGAGGGGAUUUGUGUCCCUGUGGUCCUUAAAGCUGGACCAGACUUUUAACCUGUUUGGGUUGGUGUCAGUACUAAUCUAUGUAUAGAGACUGCCUGAUAAUUGCCAAUUAAUUCUCAGCAUGUGCAAAAGUUUAUUAAAAGUAUAUACUGUAUUUCACUACAGACACAAAAUGCUCUGUGUCAAUAGUUAAAUGUACUGGUAUUAGUGACUUUAAUAUGUAUUGCAUGUGAAAGUAACUUGUCUGAAUAUAUAAUUUUUAAUCAGAAAUGUUACCUUACCAUUUGUACAUUUAUUUUGUUGUUCAGUUACAUUUUACUAUGCAAGAGUUAACACAACUUGUGACAAUCUAAAGAAAGUCCAGUCAAAACAUUUUUGUUAGUGUCAUACCAGACAUCAGUCUCCAAUUACCCACCUGUUGUAAUGUAAUGUUCAGUCAUGUAAAACUUUUCUCUCACCAUGCGAACCAGACCCCCCACACUGUAAUUCAUCACAGUCCUCUAUUUGGAAGGGAAAGAUUCAGCUCUUUCAGAGAACAACCAUGCAGGCUGACGAAAUCACUCUAAACGGCCUUAAUUCUGCCAUUAGGCGAGAGGGAGCACUGUGGCGAUUGGCUGGGCUCCCGCUCCGUAUUCACCGGCCCAGGAUGAGACGGGGAGACCUGCUGAGAAAAUGGUGUCGUAAUCAGGAGCC